CUUCACCUCAGUCCAGUCUCGCUGCAACUUCUGAAUGGUCAUCUGCCUCUGCCUCUCCUUUUCCCGAGCUUGUCUCUAUAGCUGAUAAUUCGCGGGUGAGCCAGCCACCACCGGACAACGCUCCACCCGUCGUCGUUGCCAUUGCUCCUUUUCUUUCCCAAUCAUCGCUCAUAGAAGACCACCAUUCAUUUGCCGCCCGAUCUCAAAUCAACCUUCAAUUUCGUCCGAGUGGGUAACUAAGCCCGUCCAAGACAGGCCCUCCAGUGCCCCACGCGCGCGCGCGCUUCCACCCCAAAGUUAGGUACCGCCAACGACCUGGGCCAAAUCCACCAGACCCCUCGAACGGGAGAGUCCGUCCCUGACGAGCCCUGACGGUUUGACCAACGAACGGCAUUUUGUUCUUCUCCUAGUUCAGCCUCGGCGUAGCUGUCUAAGUACUCUGGCACUUUUGGUAGUGAGCGAGCUGAGCGUCGCAUACCUACCUACUCAUCACCCCUCCUUGCCGUCAGCCAGGUCGCCAGUAUACUGCCUCUACACUACACACUAGCAGGAAGGCCAUGCUCACCAACCGUUAUUGCCCGCAAAGAACAUGAUGCGAUCCACCCAGGGCCUCAGACACCGAGUCCAUUGACGGCAUUUGCUCCGUAUCCAUUUCAACGCACUCAUUUACCAAUUGACCCACCCGCGCAUUGAUUGCCUAUACAACUACCCACUCCGCGCCUCGAGACGAGACCCGACCCGGCCCGGCCCCUCGACACCCCUCGACGCCCCUCUACAGCGAUCCAGAUACCCACGAUACCCGCUCGCCUAUUGCUGAGGAACCACCCCCGAACAACACGUAGGCAGCUUGCGCUGCUGGGACUGUACUCUGGUGUACUGCCCUGCCGGUAGCGAAGCGGCCGCUUCACACAUCCCGUCCCGCGCCAUGUCCUCCCACGACAAGAAUGGGAGGGCUACCUCCUCGAGCGGCAAGGCCUCCUCCUUCUUCUCGAGAGCCACUGGCAAGAACAAGGCCGACAAACGGAACGCAAGCGAUGAGGGUGGCCGAUACCUUGCCGCCGACAACGACGCCGCCAGCACCCAUACCGCACGCAGUUCGCGCCAUUACCGGGACUCGUCUGUAAUAUCGCUGGACCGUCCCGACACGCCCGAAUCUGGCCUCAACAUGACGGCAGGGGUCGUCACGACGAUCCCCUAUGACCCUGUUUCCCCCGACAAUCGCUCCCCCGUCGCCCUCGACCACCUUCCCAGGCCCGACCAAAUGCCCCUAAGGCGAGAGCUAGUACCGCACCACCUCAACAAAGGCACUGGUGACUUCCACCAGUAUCCCACCAUCGACCAAAGCCCAAGCUCCCCCUAUAAUGGGCAGUCACCCAGCGCAUCAAGUUCGCGCUCAACUCUCGCUACUGCUAACAUCACCAUGGCCUCCACGGGCCGCCAGGCCCAGUUUCAGCAAUGGGGACCACCGAGAGAGAGCAGUUUGCCCGGGUACAAUUCCAGAGGCCACUCGUACAUGACAACCCGCAGUUCGGGCGACAAUGCCAGCAUCUACUCAGGUAGGGACGGACACUACCAAGAAGCCCCAGGAACCAGCCAUCGCUCAUCCAGGAUAGGACUCCCUAGUACUUCGUCUCAGUCAUCCUACCUUUCUCCCCAUGCCCAUAAGGACAGAGAUACCCAGCGGUUAACCAAGGUCGCUGCCGGCCACCAGGGCUCCGAAGGAUUCAACUUUCCCAAGCCAGACGAUGACAAUGUGAUUGAACAGAUGUUCAUAAACCUGAUGCAAAAGCGAGGAUGGCACAACCUCCCGGACCAGGCCAAGCGCCAGAUGAUCGCAUACCCCGCCGCGAAGAAAUGGACCUUGAUUUACCAGGAUCGACUCACCGAGUGGCAGGGCGAACAGAAGCGCAGACAGACGGCCAAGAUUGGCCAAUACAGCAAUGUCGAUAUUACCCAAUCCUCCGAUGACGAAGGCAGCCCCGAGUGGUAUGUGCGCAAGGUCAUGGAAAACGCUCUGGACAGCAAAGGGCUCGGAGGACUCGAAGUCAACCUUCGGACACAGCAGAUCGGCUGGGUCAAGCGCUUCAUCGACUGUCAGGGACAGAUCGCCUUGACCAAUGUCCUGCUAAAGAUGAACCGAAAGACUGCCUAUGGACCUGCUCAGCCGGAUAAUGGAAGAUUGGAUAAGAAUUUGGACCGAGAAUAUGACAUUGUCAAAUGUUUGAAGGCUCUUAUGAACAACAAGUUUGGCGCAGACGAUGCGCUAGCUCACCAACAGGUUAUUGUGGCUCUGGCCACCUCCCUUAUAUCACCUCGGCUCACCACCCGGAAGCUUGUCAGCGAAGUCCUGACAUUCCUCUGCCAUUGGGGCGAAGGCAAGGGCCAUGUCAAGGUCAUCGAGGCCAUGGACGUCGUUAAGGCCCAGCAAGGCGAAAACGGGCGCUUCGAUGCUUGGAUGCGUCUUGUUGAGGUCACCGUCGACGGCCGCGGGAAGAUGGGCAGUUUGGUCGGUGCUAGUGAGGAGGUACGAAGUGGUGGCAUUGGCAUGGAGAAUCUGCUCAUGGAAUACGCCGUUGCUACCCUCAUCUUGGUCAACAUGUUGGUCGAUGCCCCUGAGAAGGACCUGCAGCUGCGCAUACACAUUCGGGCUCAGUUUACGGCCUGUGGCAUCAGGCGUAUCCUGAACAAGAUGGAGGCCUUUCAGUAUGAGCUGAUUGACAAGCAAAUCGAGCGGUUCCGCUCCAACGAAGCUAUCGACUAUGAGGAUAUGCUCGAGCGUGAGAACAGCAGCAUCAAAGAUAGUAUCGAGGGUGAGGUUAAGGACCUCAACGACCCGGUACAAAUUGUAGAUGCUAUACAGCAGCGGCUUAAUGGAACCAAGACACAGGACUACUUUGUAUCUGCUCUCCAGCAUUUGCUGUUGAUCAGGGACAAUGAUGGCGAGGAGAGAUUACGCAUGUUCCAGCUGGUGGACUCUAUGCUCAGCUACGUAGCUAUGGACCGCCGGUUGCCGGACAUGGACCUCAAGCAGAGUCUCAACUUCACCGUUCAAAGUCUGUUAGAUAAGCUCCAUACCGACUCUGAAGCACGUCAAGCUCUAGAUGAGGCCCUCGAAGCCCGGCAGAUAGCUGAUGCCGCUAUGGCGGAGAGGGAUGAGAUGAAGGAGAGACUGGCCUUGGGAGCUGAUGGUCUGGUGGCUAAGCUACAAAAGCAGAUUGAUGAGCAAGCCAUGUUCAUCGAGGCCCAGAAAAGGCGUGCUGAGGGUCUCAAGUCGGAGCUUGCCAGUUUGCAGACCCUGCGGGCAAAGGAGGCGCAACGCUACGAGCUAGAGACCCGCGAACUGUACCUCAUGCUUCGCGACGCUCAAGAUGUAGCUGCCUCCAAUGCCACCAAGGGCAACGCUAAGCUUGGUGAGGAAGACGUGGCCCGCAUGCAAGGCAUCCUCGAUCGCGAGAGGCUUCUGGAGCGCCUGCAAAUGCAGAUCGAGCGCCAAAAGACGCAGUUCAAGCUUGAAGGAAGAGUAUGGGGCGAAGUGAUCGGCCCUUCGGAUAGGCUCCGAGCUCUUCGGGAGGAGAUGGAUGGCUUUGGCGACGACACACCGGAGGUUGUGCCACCCAAGGACUUCACCAACAGCAUGCUUGGUAGCGUCAAGAGGUCGACCAGAAUACCCAGAAAGCCUGUUGGUUCCCGGUCAGACCAUGUCGAGGACGUCCUAGAGGAGAGCGAUGUCGAGAUUGGGGACGACGGCGAGAUCGUGUACGAGAAGCCUCGCGUGGUCAAGAUCAGGAGGCCUGUCGUGGACCCCAAGCAGACCAAUGGUAUGUUCAACGAACUCACUGGGAAGGUCAGAAGGUACGAUGCCAGCGACUCCGAGGAAGGAGAUGGUAUCACAACCGGUCCCUCACAUCCCAGCAUGGAGUCCCAGACACCCAUCACACCCAGCGAUACCGAGACUCCCAAAAUUCAAGUUACCGAUGCUACCGGACCGUCUGCGCCAGCCGCGGCAUCAGGCCCUCCACCUCCACCACCCCCGCCGCCUCCGCCUCCGCCGCCCCCUGGCUUCCUCCCUGGCGCCCCAGCUCCGAUUCCCGGCGCGGGCGGGCCUCCUCCGCCGCCGCCGCCUCCUCCUCCUCCUCCGCCGCCGCCAGGAGGCCUUCCGGGUGCUGCUCCUCCGAUGCCUGGCGCUGGUGGUCCACCGCCGCCGCCGCCGCCACCACCUCCUCCGCCAAUGCCUGGUAUGGCUGGUAUGCCACCACCUCCACCUCCGCCCCCUCCCAUGCCUGGUAUGCCUGGUAUGCCACCACCACCACCUCCUCCCAUGCCAGGUCCUGCUUCGGGCCGCUUCUUGGCACAGAACGCCGGGCUUCCCACGACCAAUUCUGUUGGGCUACCUGUCGUCCGGCCCAAGAAGAAGCUCAAGGCUUUCCAUUGGGACAAGGUCGACACGCCACUGGCAACGCACUGGGCGGCACAUACACCGUCCCCUGAGUCGAGGGAAGAAAAGUAUCAUGAGCUCAGCAAGAAGGGUAUUCUGGACGAAGUUGAGAAGUUGUUCAUGGCGAAGGAGAUCAAGAAGCUUGGCGGUGGAGGUGCCAAGAAGGAUGACAAGAAGCAGAUUAUCUCCAACGAUUUGCGCAAGGCAUUCGAAAUCGCGCUUGCCAAAUUCUCACAGUUCCCUGUUGAGAAGGUGGUGCAGAUGAUCAUUCACUGCGACAAAGACGUGCUCGACAACCCGGUCGUCAUGGAUUUCCUGCAGAAGGAUGAUCUUUGCAACAUUUCGGAUAACACUGCCAAAGUUAUGGCACCAUAUAGCAAGGACUGGACUGGACCAGAUGCCGGCAAAGAUACCCGAGAACAGGAUCCUAACGAGCUCACAAGACAGGAUCAGAUAUAUCUGUAUACGGCGUUCGAACUUCAUCACUACUGGAAGAGUAGGAUGAGGGCCCUUGCACUGACUCGCAGCUUCGAACAAGAAUACGAGGAGAUUACUGAAAAGAUGCGCGCCGUUGUAGCAGUGUCCGAAUCUUUGAGAGAUUCCGUGUCCCUUAUGAACGUACUCGGCCUCAUCUUGGAUAUCGGUAACUAUAUGAACGAUGCGAACAAGCAAGCCCGCGGUUUCAAACUCUCUUCUCUUGCCAGACUCGGCAUGGUGAAGGACGACAAGAACGAGUCGACGCUUGCGGAUCUCGUCGAACGUAUUGUGCGCCAGCAAUACCCAGAGUGGGAAGAUUUCGCCAAGGACAUCGAGGGCGUUAUUGCGGCCCAGAAGAUCAACAUCGAACAGCUUCAGGCUGAUGCCAAGAGGUAUAUCGACAACAUCAAGAACGUGCAAAUGUCUCUUGACUCAGGCAAUCUCUCCGAUCCGAAGAAGUUCCAUCCCCAGGAUCGCGUGUCGCAGAUUGUGCAGAGGGUCAUGAAGGAUGCUCGGUUCAAGGCAGAGCAAAUGCAGUUGUAUCUGGAAGAGAUGGUGCGCACAUACAACGACAUCAUGGUCUUUUACGGCGAAGACCCGUCAGACGACAAUGCUCGUCGCGAAUUCUUUUCCAAGCUGGCGUCAUUCAUCACGGAGUGGAAGAGGUCGCGCGAGAAGAACAUUCAACUGGAAGAGCAGCGUAAGCGGAACGAGGCAUCGAUGAAACGCAAGAAUGCCCAGUUCAAGGCUUUGCAAGCGAGCGAGGCACAAGGACCGGCAAGCCCAACGAGUACGGGGGCGAUGGACAGCUUACUCGAGAAGCUCAGAGCGGCUGCUCCGCAAACCAGAGACCAAAGAGACAGGAGGAGGAGAGCACGUCUCAAGGACCGACAUCAAGUCCGCAUCGCUUCAGGCCAACAAGUACCAGAUUUCAACGAAAUCCCCGAGGUGGAAGCUGCCCUCCAAACUGGCAAGAGUGCUGCAUCCGCGACCACGGACGACGACGGCGCCGGCAACGGUCUUGUCAGCCCCGAUGCCCUACCGCCAACAAAGGAGGCUCCCGAUGCGGAGGAAGACGACGUCGCUCGACGCGCAGCUGCAUUGUUGCAAAGCUUCCAGGGUGGAGACGGGGCGGAAGAUGAUGCAGAAAAGAGGGAAAGUUUGAGGAAGUCGAGGAGACAGACUGCGGCAGAGGAGAGGAACAUGAGAAGGCGGAGGAGAGAAAAAGCCCAGACUAGCACGGCUGGGGAGGAAGGGAAGGACGAGUCAACAGCGGCAGAUGGAUCAGAAGCCGCGCCUUCAGCUAGCGCUGAGGACCUUUCAGCUGCCGAAGCCAAGACGGAUGGGCCAUCAUCACCACGACCAGGCACAGCGACGGGUGCCGAGGCAUCGGAGGAGACUGAGACUACACCUACGGCGACGGCGACGGACACGAAUCCUGAAGAAAGUAAAGAAACAACAGGAUGAUGAGGAGAUGUUGCAUGUCGCUUGUUCUGUAUCAUUCGAAGUUUUAUCAAGUUCUGUUUGCACAUUGUACACAUCAAGCAGCAUGAUGCAAGCUUUGACAAAGUCGAAAAUGGAGAACGCAGUCCCGAUAGUGCACAAACAGAGCCUCAUAUUGAAAAGAGUACGUAAUGUCUACUGAGAAGGAGCCAUUUUAAGGUGGAGUUGAAGUAGAAGUUGAGGACCAAGAGGUUUCUGAGACCAUGGCUUUUUCGUAGCUAAAGAAUUCUAGCUGAUUGUGUGGA